GCAUCAAACAAACGGAUUUCCCGCUGAAUUUUGUGAAAGAGAACUUCCAUUUGCUUGUGACUACGGCUUCAUUCCCCCACAACGCCAGCAGCGGCACCUUCAAGAGCUCCGAGACAGCGCAUUUUUUGUUUAAGCACACUUCCAACCCCUUCUUCCGCUCACUGUGGCCGGGGUUUUCUUCCUUCCGCCGGCGGCUCUCAUUCUGACCUCCUCCUUGUCGGUCGGGUUUUCUUUAGUUUUGGGUCUCUAUAUAUAUUAUCUGCGCCCUUUUGAUUUUAAGAUGACCAUCGAGGGGGUAGCCAUUGUCGAUUCCAAUUACCAGGAAGAUGAUUCGGAAAAGGGAUCCCUCGGUUGUGGCCGGCAUUGCCUCGGAAAGUGCUGCUUACCUGUCUCAAGGCUUCCUCUUUAUCUAUACAAGAAAGAUGGCAGUGUUCCCAUAGAAGCUGGGAUGGUGGAAUCCUCUGAGGAAGUUACUGAAAUAUCAUUCCUCCACAAUCUCUUGUUCGUAGAGUGGGAAAAUAGAAAGAACCGGGGGCUUUUCAGGCAUGAUGUUACCAUCAAUGAGACAAAGUCCAUUCCUGGGCAACAUGGAUUUAUUGUACAACUGAAUGAAGAGCGCCUCCUGAAAAAACGACCAACUGAGUUCCGAUUGGAUCAAGUUCUUCAGCCCUUUGAUGAUAAUAAGUUCAAUUUCACAAAAGUUGGGCAAGAAGAAGCACUCUUUCUGUUUGAGCAGAGCAGUGACCACAAGAGUCAUUUUGUUCCAAAUGCUCCGGUUGAGAAGAUAUCAACAUCUCCAAAUGUUGUUGCAAUAAAUGUGAGCCCACUUGAGUAUGGACAUGUCCUUCUCAUUCCCCGUAUCCUGGAUUGCUUGCCUCAGAGGAUUGACCAUGGCAGUUUCCUGCUUGCUAUGCAUAUGGCUAAAGAAGCUGUUGAUCCCUACUUUAGAGUGGGUUACAAUAGUUUGGGUGCUUUUGCCACCAUCAAUCAUCUACAUUUCCAGGCAUAUUACUUAGCAGCACCCUUGCCAGUUGAGAAAGUCCCUACAGAAAGGAUACCAGUAGAUGAGGGACUUCAUUCCCAAGGAAUCUGUGUAUCCCAACUCUUGAACUAUCCAGUCCGAGGACUAGUUUUUGAGGGUGGAACUUCUAUACGAGAUCUGUCUGAUGCCGUUGCUUGUAGGCUUGUUUUCCUUCAGAAUAAUAACGUCCCUUUCAAUGUUCUCAUCUCUGACUGUGGGAAGAGAGUAUUUCUAUUCUUUCAGUGUUUUGCUGAAAGGCGCGCACUGGGACAAGUGAGCCAGGGGAUCAUUGAUGCUCAGGUGAAUCCUGCUGUGUGGGAGAUCAGCGGACACUUGGUGCUCAAGAGAAGGGAGGACUUUGAAGCUGCUUCUGAAGCAUAUGUUUGCAGGCUUCUCUCUGAUGUUUCACUCUCAGAAGAAAGGUUCCAGCAGGUCAAGGCUUUCGUCAUAAACCUGAAAGUGGAAGCAUUAGAAUCAACCGAAGCUGAUAUGUAAUAAGAGAGUUACGUCAACAAUGGUGAACUGGUAUAGAACUAUGUCUAUGACACAACUGCUGGUGGAGUUGGUUAGCUCAACAGUGAAAAAAUGGCGUUCUGGACUUAAAAGAGUUUCUGGGGGAGAAACUCGUUGUUAUGAGUUUAGGUUAUGCAUAGUUAUAGUAAGUAGAGAUUUUUCUUUCGAUUAUCAGACUGAAAAUUCUUGACUCGCAAAUGGUAAAGGGGCAUAUCCCACCAAAGUGAAGGUGAUUGUGAGAAUAAUUUCUCCCUCUCCUCAUUUCAGUUGAAGUUAUACUGGAAAAUAAUGUCAAUGUCAAGCGAUAAAUUCUUUUUUUUUUUGGGCCAAACAAGUGAUUAGUUAUUCAGAAUUAUAAUAGAUAUUUUUUUUCUGUAAAUUGCAAGGUUUACAUGUGAAGUAAUUUUAGCUACUCAUUA